CACUCCAUUUGAGCGCCUUGUCAAAGUCCUCUUUGCAGACUCGCUUCCGAUUUGAGUGUUUCACGAACUCAAUGGCCAGCUGUGGAGUACCACUAGAAGGUCCAGUCUGACCGAUAACCGUCCAGACCCACCUGUGUGACUUGGCGGAUUCUGAAGCUGACGUCUUCCACCAAGGCCCGAGUGACCUCUCGAGACGUCUGGAUGCCCAGGUUCUCUGCACACAGAGAGAUACACUCCUCGGGGAUUCUGACAUAACGACGAGCUUUCGUCGUCCCCGUCUGCUGUCCUUCUUCCAUCUUGAGCUACUACUCCAAAUAGAGCGCCCCAAACAAUGGUCGAAAUUCGAUACGGAUGGCGAGCGAAGGGGAAGAGGAAAGAGAAGAAGUGGCAGCGCCCGAGUCGUGGCUAGGAUACGGCUGGCACCUUGUCAAGAAAGCAGGACACGGGACCUACAAUGCGGCACACUAUCUUGGAGGAAAACUGGCUCAUAUCUUCGGAGUCACCAGUCCUGACUGGCAGUUUGCUAUUGAUAUUCACGAGGAGAUGGAGAUGAAGGCGAGGGAAGAGAAGGAGGAAGAAGAGAGGGCCUUCAGACACCUUCAAGAAAGACGUGCUAAAGCCCUCAGGGAUUUAGAGAGUCAAACAAAUGACUGA